GUGGCAACUGUGGCCAGACAGAACACAUUCAAGCGUGAGUGAGAGAGGGGGAGUGAGCUAGAGAGGGAGAGUGGAAGUUACCCAUCUCAGGUCAAGAAUUCAAUUAUCAGAGUCAAAAACACAUGAGGAUAUUGGAAGACAAAAACGCAGUGAAUUUGGGGAAAUAGAAAUACUUAGGACGCAAUGAUGACCCAAAUAGAGACCACGGUGCAUUAUGACAACGGAUUCGGAGAUGAGGAGGACUACAUGAUACAGGAGGAUGAGUGGGACAGGGACAUGUUGCUGGACCCUGCCUGGGAAAAACAGCAAAGAAAGACCUUCACAGCUUGGUGUAAUUCCCACCUGCGGAAAGCAGAAACACAGAUAGAGAACAUUGAGGACGACUUCAGGAAUGGCCUCAAACUCAUGCUUCUCUUGGAAAUUAUUUCAGGUGAGAGGUUACCUAAGCCUGACAGAGGGAAGAUGCGUUUUCACAAGAUUGCCAAUGUCAACAAAGCCCUAGACUUCAUCACCAGCAAGGGAGUGAAACUCGUCUCUAUUGGAGCUGAAGAAAUUGUGGAUGGUAACGUUAAGAUGACUCUGGGAAUGAUAUGGACCAUCAUCCUCCGCUUUGCCAUCCAGGACAUCUCUGUAGAAGAAACCUCUGCAAAGGAAGGCCUUCUCUUGUGGUGCCAGAGAAAGACUGCCCCCUACAGAAAUGUCAAUGUCCAGAACUUCCACAUUAGCUGGAAGGACGGACUGGCCUUCUGCGCCCUGAUUCACAGACACAGACCUGACCUUAUCGACUAUGCUAAGCUCAACAAGGAUGAUCCUAUGGGGAACCUGAACCUGGCCUUUGAAAUAGCAGAGAAGCACCUGGAUAUUCCUAAGAUGCUGGACGCAGAAGACAUCAUCAACACUCCUAAGCCUGAUGAGAGAGCUAUCAUGACCUAUGUUUCCUGCUUCUAUCAUGCUUUUGCUGGAGCUGAGCAGGCUGAGACAGCAGCCAACAGGAUCUGUAAAGUGCUGGAUGUGAACCAGGAGAAUGAGAAACUUAUGGAGGAAUACGAGAGGCUGGCCAGCGAGCUACUGGAGUGGAUCCGCCGGACCACCCCAUGGCUAGAGAACAGGGCCGCAGAAAAGACCAUGGUUGAGAUGCAGAGGAAGCUGGAGGAUUUCAGGGACUACCGCCGCAUGCACAAGCCCCCCAAGGUGCAGGAGAAGUGUCAGCUGGAGAUCAGCUUCAAUACCUUGCAGACCAAGCUGCACAUAAGCAACCGGCCUGCUUUUAUGCCUUCUGAAGGAAAGAUGGUAUCUGACAUAGCCAGUGCAUGGCAGGGGCUGGAGGGGGCUGAGAAAGGUUAUGAGGAGUGGCUUCUGACCGAGAUCCGCAGGCUGGAGAGACUGGACCACCUGGCUGAAAAGUUUUGCCAGAAAGCCACCACCCAUGAGACCUGGGCUAGUGGUAAAGAGCUGAUUCUAUCUCAGAAGGACUACGAGACUGCCACCCUGACGGAGGUGCGGGCGUUGCUAAGGAAACAUGAGGCAUUUGAGAGUGACCUGGCUGCUCACCAGGACAGGGUGGAGCAGAUCGCUGCCAUCGCACAGGAACUCAAUGAGCUGGACUAUCAUGGUGUGGCUUCUGUCAACAAGAGGUGUCAGAGCAUCUGUGAUCUGUGGGAUCAACUUGGUACAUUGACCCAGAAGAGGAGAGAGGCUUUGGAGAGGACAGAGAAGCUGCUGGAAACCAUUGAUCAGUUGUUCCUGGAGUUUGCCAAGAGAUCAGCACCUUUCAACAACUGGAUGGAAGGGGCUAUGGAGGAUCUGCAGGAUAUGUUUAUUGUACACACGAUCGAUGAGGUCCAGAGCCUGAUCUCUGCCCAUGAGCAGUUCAAGGCCACCCUCCCAGAGGCAGACGGAGAGAGACAGGCCAUCCUGGGGAUCCACAACGAGGUGCAGAAGAUCUCCCAGAGCUACGGCAUCAAGGCCAACCUCCUCAACCUCUACAGCACCAUCACCACAGAGGAGCUCCUCGCCAAGUGGGACAAGGUGAAGAAGCUCGUUCCCCAGAGAGAGGGCUCCCUCCAGGAGGAGCUAGCCCGGCAGCAUACUAAUGAAAGGUUGAGACGGCUGUUUGCUACCCAGGCUAACCUCAUAGGACCCUGGAUACAGACAAGGAUGGAGGAGAUUGGGCACUGCUCCCUGGAGGUGGGCGGUACAUUGGAGGACCAGAUGACCCAGCUGAAGCAGUUUGAGCACAUCAUUGUUACCUACAAGCCCAACAUCGACAAGCUGGAGGGAGACCACCAGCACAUCCAGGAGUCCCUGGUGUUUGACAACAAGCAUACCAACUACACCAUGGAGCACAUCCGUGUGGGCUGGGAGCUCCUCCUCACCACCAUCGCCCGUACCAUCAACGAGAUCGAGACCCAGAUCCUGACCCGCGACGCCAAGGGCAUCAGCCAGGAACAAAUGCACGAGUUCCGCUCCUCCUUCAACCAUUUUGACCGGAAGAAACACGGGGCGAUGGACACUGAUGACUUUAGGGCCUGUCUGAUCUCCAUGGGUUAUGAUUUGGGUGAAGUGGAAUUUGCCCGUAUCAUGAUGCUGGUUGACCCCAGUGCCACUGGCAUGGUCUCUUUUCAAUCAUUUAUUGAUUUUAUGACCAGAGAAACCGCUGACACGGACACCGCCGAGCAGGUUGUGGCAUCCUUCAGGAUCCUGGCAGCCGAUAAGCCCUACAUCCUGGUUGAGGAGCUGAGGAGAGAGCUCCCCCCUGACCAGGCAGAGUACUGCAUCUUGAGGAUGCCCUGCUACAGUGGCCCAGGGGGAUCCACAGGGGCGCUAGACUACACCGCCUUCUCCACUGCCCUCUAUGGAGAGAGUGACCUCUAACCCUGCAAGAUGAUGCCCAAAAGUGACCUCUUGACCCCACCCAAUACGUCUGGAUGAAAUUCCCUUUAACCAAACACACAAAUGAGAGGUGGUUACCUAUGUUAGACUCACAAUAGGUAGAUACAGUACAUUUAGCUACUUAUUGUAACACAAUAGUUUCCCUCAUAUGAGUUCUGCGGUGAAGUGAAGACAGAAUAACAGUUUUUCUUAUCUGCUUUAAGGAGUAACAUGAUCAUAUAAGCUACAAUAGUUUGAUAUAAUAUGUUUAUUGACCACAGUAAUAGCGGCAGUUGGAUAUGUAGCUAGAACAGAAAAAUAACAGGCUAAUAGUCAGCAUUUUCUCCUCAUCUUCUUUCAGUGCCUUAUUAGGAACUACUGUAGGAGUUCUAACUGGGAAUAAGACAAAAACAUUGAAGUUAGAUGUUGAACUGAUGCUGGUUUCCAGUGGGAUGUUGUUUAUGUAACCAAAAUGUACUUGUGGUAAAAUCAUAGCUCAUGUUUCCUGCUCCAUGCAAACUUUUCUCGCAUCACAUUUGACCCAAUAUAUAUAUAUAUAUAUAUAUAUAUAUAUAUAUAUAUAUAUAUAUAUAUAUAUAUAAAGAACAGUUAUAGGCAAUGAUUGAUUGAUAAAAUAACAGGUUGAACAGUUAACAAACAAUGUACAGUAUAUUUCUCACACCCAAAGCUAAGAGAAAUCAUACAUUUUCUUAUUUGAGAACAUAAGGAGCUUGGAACAACGUUGCCUCUUUGAUGAUAUUGCUUAUUUCCUUAAAUCCUAUGAGAUUCCUACAUACUUUGAAUCAAACCUCAAAGAGGGUUAAGCCUGUCUCUCAGCCUGCCCCCUGUUAAGCAGUUUGGAUUUCCCAUUUGAAGACAGGGAGGGAGAAGAGAAUCCAUGUACUAUUCAAUCCAACACAACAAAAAGAAACAUUUGACCGUUUGAGAGACUGUUGACAGUAAACUUUGUAGUUUCAAGUGAUUUGAUUAUUCAAUAAACCCUCUUCCUGAUCAUCACUGAGGUUUAUUUUUCUUUACAUAAUAAAAGAGUGCAGUUAAAUACAA